AUGCCACUUGUUCGGACGUCCGAUGAAACCGCGAACGUCUUUCCACAGGGCGUCACACACCAAGUCUUGUAUGCGAUGAGCGAGGUAGAGACGCACUGGAUAACAACGGGCAUCAAUGCGCUGAGCGUGUUACCGUACGGAAGCCACUGGGAGUCGUUCAUCCUCGUGAGCACGAUGAAAGUAGCCAUGACAGCUAACAUCACAAUGAAGUUAACGAAGAAAUGA